AUUUUAGACAGUCUUUCAGCAACAUUCGCGAAGUCAAGAUCAAGUUUAAAGUGCGCGCUCUUCUGUUAAAUACAAAAGUCAAGUUUUUCAAUACAAUUUUCCCGCUUUCCAUGUCGUAAGCGCAUUUCGGUAAUGAUCGUCGUCGCCGUGGUUCGCAAAGCAAAAUUCUGCGAGUUGCUAUUUUCGAAUUCUUUAAUUGUGUAAAUUUAUUUAACUUUUGUUUUUACGAAAUUCGCAUAAUUUAUAACGGUGGCGUUAAGAGCUUCGACUAUUUCAAUAUCACCUUUUUGAUAAGUGUGUUUCAUAUAAACCACUCCGAUAAGUGUGUGUGACUGAUAACGGAAAAGUUAUUGGCCCAUUCAGUACGCGUAUAAGGUGAUCAUACAUACACACGUACAAACCGUGUAGCAGCAUUUGUAAACAUAUUUCAAUCAAUUGCAAGCGUAGGAAACGCACUAUCACUUCAAAAGAGAGAAAUCAACCACUUUUACCAAUCAAUAAGAACAACAAUAACAAAGUAGCAAAAAUGUACGUGAGCCGGUUGCCGAAGUUGGCCCUUUUCGUAUUGGUGGCAUUGACAGCCAUCCUAGACCAUGCUAACAUGAGUCCCAUUGACGAAACCUCCCGCCGAUCGGAGCUGAGCGAUCUAAAUAAGAUACCUCUGAAACGUACAACGAGUCUCCAGCCAAAGCCCGAACCAGCCGGCUUCAAACACUACGAUGAAGACUCAAUACGUAUAGUAACCGAUCUGAGUGAAGAUCAACGACUUAAAUACGAUGUGGAGGUGUUGGAAGUGCGCGAUAUUAAUAAAGAGACAGCGGAGCUAGAGGAACGAUUUAGGGGACCCGCCAUCAAAAUGGACACGGAUAAUUUCGUUUCGGAAAAUAUCGAGGUGAACGCGGUUAAUGCUGAUGACAAGCAAAAACUCCAAAAAGCAAGUAACGACAAUGACGACGACGGCGAUGAUGAUGAUGACGAUGGCAGCGACACAAAGCACAGUCACAUGAUACUCACAAUGGUGCUGGUGUUCGUGGCGCUGUUUUCGAUAUCUUUAUAUGUGGCGCUUGUACUCUGGCGUUCAUACCUUGAACGACGCUAUGCGAUGCGCGAGUUGCUCGUCAACGACGAUGAUGACUUUUAUCUGCCGAGCAGUGAGUCUGUUGACCGGCGCUGGUGAUUUGGAGACACACAAUCGUUUACAGACUCGUGGACUUAGUUUUAAUUGCAACAAAGUGUACAAAGGAAUUGUCAACGUCAGGCAUGUUUUCACUUAGUUAGCAGUUAAUUGCCAUUAAUUUCAUUUAAUUUAAUUCAACACAAGUUUUCAACACAACUCUACGCUAUCAUAUAUAACUA